AUGUGUAAGAAGCCGCUCAAGCUCAAUGACUUCCACCAGAUCACCUACAAGCCGCAGGAUUUGGUUGCUCAGGAGGAGCAAUCGCCCGUGAGGUUCGACCAUGAGCGACACCCCAAGAAUGCCAUCUACAGUGAUAUCAGUUCAGGCCUUCUAAAAGAAAUCAAAAACAUCGACCUCGAUGGUUCCUUUGGUACAAAGAUUGACACUCUUGCACGGCAUAUUCUUUGGCUGCGUGAGCAUGACCCCGGUGCGAAAUCAAUUGUUUUCUCUCAGUACAAGAACUUCCUGGGUGUGCUGCAAAGAGCUUUCCAGCGGUUUGGAAUUGUCAAUAGCAGUGUUGAUGCCCCGGGUGGCAUCGAAAACUUCAAGAAGGACCCUGCAGUUGAAUGCUUUUUGCUUCAUGGCAAGGCCCAAUCUUCAGGACUCACAUUGAUCAAUGCAACACAUGUGUUCCUCUGCGAACCCUUGAUCAACACUGCUAUUGAGCUCCAGGCUAUUGCUCGAGUACAUCGAAUUGGUCAACAUCGUCCAACAACCGUGUGGAUGUACCUUGUCUCCGGGACAGUGGAAGAGUCCAUAUACGAGCUUUCAGUUACUCGUCGACUAGCCCACAUCCUCGAGAAGGAAAAGCAAGAGAAAGAUUCACGCGCCAUGGUUAAGGAUGGAGGCGAAGAGUUAAUAAUCCAGGAUCUGACCGAGACUGCCAUCGACUCUGCAAACUCGAUGGAAAUGCAAGAUGCCAGUCUAACAAAUCUGAUGACUAGCGGCUCCUCGGGUGGAGAGAUGGUGAAGAAGGACGACUUGUGGCAGUGCUUGUUUGGAAAAUCCACUCAGAAAAAUGGAAAUGAUCGCUCGACCGAGGCCGAGCGGGAGGUUGGCCGGUUCUUGCGAGGAGAGGCUGCUGAGCAAAGAAGAGAGUGA